AUGCCAGCGCUCCCCAGGGCUGCCAAGGGUGACGGCAGUGAGCCAAACCAUGUCCAGGAGGAGCUGGUUUCCCAGAUCCAGAGCGAGAUCGAGAAGAAAAAGGCAAGGGCGAACGUGGUGGACAAGGAGGUGGAUGCGCUCGCCGAUGACAUGCGUGCAAUGGUGGAAAGAGUGAAGGAGGACACCGACUCCAGGUCGCGGCAGUACAUGCAGGAGUCCAUGGACGUCAUGGAUAACAAGCUGACCGACCUGAUGGCUGAGCUGGACGAGUACGAGGCGGUGCUCAAGCGGUCCCGGCAGGAAAGCGCAGAGAACGCCCAGGAGCUGUCUGAAUGGAAGCGGGAUGUCGCUCGCCGGAGGUCGAAGGGCCACUUCUUUCAGAGCCUGUACACGGUAGACAAGGAGGAUGAGGAGCGGCCCCGCAGGACCGAGGAGGGGAGCAGGAGUCCAGCCGGCGCAGCAGGCCGCGCCGACUCAGGGCGGGCCAGUGCAGAGGCCAUCCAGGGCGUCGCAGCCUCUGCCACCUCCCAGUCCCUCUCUCGAGGGCUGCUGGUGGCGCUGGGGUCUGUCCUCCUGGCCGUGGUGAUCGGCGACCUGCUCAGCGACGACCCCAGCGCCCGAGCAGACGUCCUCUACACCUGCCUGGCGGGGCUGGCAUUCUGGCUGGCCUGGAGGGGUGUUCAGACAGGCAACUGA